GGGAUGUGGGCGGGGACAAUAAAUACAAAUGUACCGAUUGCUUUGCCUUCGCCUGCAAAGUUUUGUUUAACUAACGUUUAUACAUUUCAAAUGCAUAGUUAUAUGCUUUUAUAGCACCGGGACGACAACAUUUUAUUUGAUUUCAAACGUAAACUUAGUCUCUCCGGUGACUUGGUGUUUUAUUCGUGAACUAGCUCCCCACCUGUUGAUACAACGAGCAUCGUUGUUUACGUUUAGCUUAGCUCGGCUAGCCGCUUAUUUACCACGAUCCGCUAGCUGCUAACUUAAGAUGUUGAACCCGUAACGUUGUGUUGAUGAGCUGGUUGCUCGUGGUCUUUACACUUCCCAAAAUGUACACACACGCUGGACGAGUUACGUGCUAACCUCAACAAGUCAACGGAAGUCAACAUGGACUCAUCGUUCAUCUGAUGUUUGAGAACAGGGAGAGUUUAACCGAAGAUGUGGUCAGUUUGAGGAAUCUGCUCCCACUGACGGAGCUCAGUCUGCAAAGUGGGGACAGCACUUGAGGCCCGGUCAUUAGGGAUGGAGUCUUACUCAAGGAAUGGCUGUGUGCGUCAGGAGAACGCCUGUCUCAACAUGCAGGAUGAGCAUCUUAUCAGCGACCUUGAUGCGAUGCAGUAUGAAUUUGCCUCCUCCAUGUCGCAGGUCUGCCCCAGAGGCCCCAGGAUUGGGGUUAAAAACAGGGAACUGGGAAUCAUGAGUGAGCAGAUUCGUCAGCUUCAAGCAAAGCUGGAGUCUCAAGCCACUGAACUAAAGGCUGCAGAGCGGAGGGCAGACUGUAGCCAGGAAGCAGCAGCUCACUGUGACAUUUUGGUGGCGUCUCUCACUGAGGAGCUGAGCGCGCUCAGGGAAGAGCUGGAGAACAACACAGCACUUUGCAAACGGGCUGAGCAACAAAGGAACCAAGCACUACAAAAUGCUGAGAAACUCAAAGAAGCCUUCAAAGACUAUAAGGCUACCAUUUCUAUUAAACUUAAGAGGGUGAUGGAGAGUGAGAGCCAACUAAAAGAGAGUCUUGUUGAGUGUGACAGAGAAAAAGAAGAGUUGGAAAUGAAGUGCACGGUGUUGGAGAAAGGAAAGGUAGAACAGAGCCAAACAAUUAGCCAGCUGAAGGAGGAGGGGAGGCAGGUCAAAUCUGUGGCUGCUGGUCUCCAGGCUCAACUGGAGGACGCCGGACACAAGGUCUCGCAUCUUGAUCGACAGCUUAUGGAGCGGGGUGCGGAAAUCAGGGAGCUGGCCUCUCUCCGAAAGGAGCUGGAAAACCUGCGCACUCUGACCCAGAACCAGGAGCAGAGUGUGGCCCAGAGCCACAGGGAGGCUCAGCAGAGCCACGCUGAGCUGGACAGCCUGGAGUCCAUACUAUCCCUGCUGCAUCUACGAGAGGGUGCUGUGGGGACACUGUGCGUCAGGCCCUGCAUGUUUCCCCCAGUGAACUAUUUAGGAACAGCACACCUACUGAAGCUAAAGCCAGGUGAAGGCUACCAGCAGCUGCUGCGAGGGCUGCAGUCGUUGGAGGCCGAGCGGACCACACAGAGCGGCCUGAUUGAGCGGCUUCAGGAGCGUCUGAGCAGAACGCAGGAGGAGAUCUCCUCGCUGCAGAGCUCCAUGACACAGAGAGCCUCCCACUAUCAGUGCCUCCACACGGAGCUGCUGGACAAAGUCAGCCAAGCCACUGACACAGAGAAAGAGUUGAAAAGAAAAAGUGCUCGCGUGGCUUCGCUGGAGAAACAGUUACAGGAAAAAACCUCGGCCUACAGUCGGGCUGCCCUUACCAACACUGAGCUGGAGAAUCGGCUACUGGAGAAAACCAGCACCCUUCAGCAUUACCAGUCAUUGAUGGCCAAAAAGCAAAAAGAGUACCAGCAGUCUUUGGACAAGUGUAAACAAUCUCAAUCUCAACAACUCAUGGAGCAACAGCACAGAAUAGAAAUGUUGCAGCAGUCUGUGGAGGAGGCUCAGUCUCAGAUGUUGGUGAUGGAGCAGGAGCUGAGCUCACUCCGUAGGGAGCGGGACGAGGCUCAGGACGCAGUACUUCGGCUGCAGAGCUCCAUGGUCCAACUCACACAGCAGCGGCAGGUUGAAGUAAGAGACAACGAGGAGUUGCUGCAGAGUUUCAACGAGCAGGCGGCUCAGUCUGCUUCCACGGUGUGCGAACUCCAGUCGUCUCUGUCGGCGUGUAGAGAGGAGCUGAACUUAUACCUGCUGCAGAUGGACAAGAUAAAGAAGAACUAUGAGUGUGAGCUGCAGAAGAACAAAGACAGGGUGUCCUCCAUGCAGGAGAAGCUCCACAGUGCCAGUCUGGUUUGUCAGAGCUCCAGUGAGCAGAACCUGCAGCUGCAGCUUUCUCUCCAGCGGCAGCAGACCAUGCUGACUGAGAGCACUGCUCACAUCUCUGAACUGGAGGAAAGUCAGAGCCAGCUGCAGACACAGGUGUCCAGUCUGGAGCAGCAGCUGGAACGAGCUCGGGCCUCUCUGCAGGGCGAGGCAAGGAACAGAGAGCGGGACGUCCAGCAGAAAGACGAGGACCUGCAGGAGGUGAAGCAGCAGAACAUACAACUGUCGGAGUCUGUCGGCCAGCUGAGGUCCGAGAUGACAAAGUGUCGAGGCGAGCUGGCGUCUAAAGAUUCGGAGCUGCAGCGUUUGAGGAAGGAUGUCCACGACAAGAUUUCUCAGGUCAGCCGCAUGGACGAAAGCCUCCAGCACAUGAAGAAGCAGCUGGACAGCAAGAGCGACACGGGGAUGGAUCUGGAGGAGAAGCUCCAUCGCUGUGAGGCCGACAGGCUCAACUGUGUCCAGCAGGCCAAGAUGCUGGAGGGACAGAUUCAGGCGGUGCAGAGAGAGACGGCUGAGACUCUGGAGCAACUACGGGAAGUCAGAGAUGUUCUACAAAGAACCCAAACCAUCGCAGAUGAGCGGCAAGCCUCGGUGGAAAAGCUGACUGACCAGCUGAGUGAGACCCAGAGGGCGUUGGAGGAGAGAACUCACGAGGUCUUAGACAUGGACAAUGCACUGAAGGAGAGACAGGGGGAGCUCCAACAGAGAGCACAGCUGCUGGGUCAGCUGGAAGUGUCCAUCAAAGAGCACAAGCAGGAGAUGGAGAAGAAGGUGGAGUCUUUGCAGCAGAGCCUGCAGGCCAGAGAGAGAGAGCUCACAGACAGAAACAUGAAGGAGGUCAGGCUGGGCGGUGUGGAGGAGGAGCUGGCUCUGAAGGAGGCCCGCUGGCUGCAGUUGGAGGCCAAGCUGCAGAGCACGGUCACCUCUUUAGAGCUGGAGCUGGACUUGGAGAAGGAGCAGCACAGCAAGGAGGUACAGCACCUACUGAGGCUUCAAGACCGGGGUCUUCCGCCAUCUAGUCAAGUUUCACUGGAGUCCCUGCAGCAGACUCGAGGCCAGCUCCUCAAAGUCUCCGAGCAAAUCUCCUCCACCAUGCUCUCCUCCCAGGAGCAGCUCGCAGCUAAACUUCAGCAGAGCCAGAACCAACUGGAGGAAGCCAAAACCGAACUGGAGCAAACUAAGACACAGUUGGAUCGCACCCGCAACCAAGUCCGUCACCUCAAAACAUGUAGAGACCAGACUCACACCCAGCUCCUUCAGAGUAAAACCCAGCUAGAGCAAAGCAGGAUUCUGUGUGAGCAGACCAGAGCCAAGAAUAGUCUCCUCCUUGCCCAGCUGGAGCAGCUCAGCACCCAGUUAAAUCAAGCCAAAGUCCAGGUCGGCCAGCUCCAGACUGAGCUCCAGACCUUCAAGAAGUCCAUGGAGAUGUCUAACGAGUCCCUGCUCAUCAAGGAGUCUGAAGCGACACGUCUCCAAGCCAGGAUCUCCUGUCUGGAGCGAGCUGCUGACCACAAGCAUCUGUACAGUCGCACACUCUCCCCGCCUGCCCUGCACACAUUCACACACUCCCAAGAGAACUCCUCCUCUUCUCACUUCCCUCCUGCCUCCCCCCAGAAGCUGCAAACAACUCUCCCUUCGUCUAAGCACGCUCACUCGACUCGCCUCCUCUCCCCAACACACGGACAAACUUGCUCGUCGCCCCCUGCUCGCACAUACCUUCAGCCCAUCUCUUCCCCUCAUCAGUCCAACCAAACCGAGAGCCACCAAACAUGUGACUGGCUGCAGAGAAGCAGUAUCGACUCCUCUCUGGAUCUUCCUCUGAGUCUGAAGGCCACACUGAGGGAGGCUUUGGGCACGCGUCUGUGGGAGUCCUCCUCCUCCUCCUCCUCCUCCACCUCCUCCCCCACCUCCCCCACCCCAUCUUUCCCGAACACAGCGGACCACAGCUGGCAGGGCCUCAGCAACAUGGAGGCCACAGCAACCUCUGACCUCUCCUUCAACCCCCUCACAUACAGGGUGGACAAGCCAGACGACAUAAACCUCAGCAUGGAAGAUAGCUCCGUGCAGCAGAGAGACGAUGAGCACACGAGCGAGUCAAAGAGGGAGUCUGUGUGCACUCUGGUGGGUCAGGAGGAGGACGUGGAUAUGAGUUCACUCACGGGGAUGCUGAAGUUUGUUAAUCAGACGUUAGCCAUGCAGGAGGAUCCUUCUUUAUGGAGCUCCACAGGGCUGUCGCAGACUGGACACAUCCUCCAGAGGGACGUCAAGGAGACAUGAAGCUGUGUUGCCAAGGAGACGUCAGAGGAGAGAGUGGAGCUGUUGAGAUUGGUGUUAGGAUACAUGUAACAUACAUUCAUUAACAUCUCUCAUAUGUCCCGUUGGUGUGUAUUAUUGAAAUCAAGCUGCAAUAGUGUGUCUGGGAAAAGGGUAGAGUAGAGAUGACCACGACUGUGAUGUUGUUUCAUGCAGUAGAAUGUUAAAUCUUGUCUUCACUAAUAUUUAUAUAUUUUACACCAUUUUAAAUAAGUUAAGUGAAUAAAAGAUGUUUUUAUAGAAGUA